UUGUUGAAAGAGUCACUAAAAGGAGUGGAUGGCAGUUUUCAUAGCGAGUCAUCAUGGAGAAAAGGACAAGCUGCAGCGUGCAGACAUCUACGAACUGUGACAACUCUUUGGAAACACUGAAUUCUGCCCACCAAGCUACAGGCGCUGUGCAAAUGAGAAUCAAAAACGCCAACAGCCACCCAGACAGGCAGAGCCAAACUAAAUCCAUGAUCCUCACUGACGCUGGGAAGGUCACUGAACCUAUUUCCCGGCACAGAAGGAAUCAUUCACAGCAUGUGCUGAAAGAUGUCAUUCCACCACUAGAACAUCCAAUGGUCGAAAAAGAAGGGUAUCUUCAAAAAGCCAAAAUUGCAGAUGGAGGAAAGAAACUAAGGAAAAACUGGUCUACUUCCUGGAUUGUUCUCUCUGGCCGAAAACUUGAAUUUUACAAAGACCCCAAGCAGCAAGCUCUCCCUAACGUGAAAUCCAGGCCAAACGCAGAAAGCGUGGAUUUGUGUGGAGCACACAUAGAAUGGGCGGCCAAAGACAAAUCAAGCAAAAAGAGUGUCUUUCAGAUCACAACGGCAUCAGGAAAUGAGUUCCUUCUCCAGUCAGAUAUUGACUUCCUCAUAUUGGAUUGGUUCCAUGCUAUCAAAAAUGCAAUUGACAGAUUGCCAAAGAAUCCAAGUUUCGGAUCCCUGGAGUUGUUCAGUUUCCAGAGAUCUUCAAGCUCUGAACAGCCGAGUCAUUGCCACAUCGAUAGAAGAGAACCGAAACCCGAAAACAGGAAGUCCUUCAUGUUCCGACUGCACCACAGCGUUUCGGAUACAAGUGACAAGAACCGCGUGAAGAGCAGACUGAAGAAGUUCAUCUCCCGAAGACCUUCUCUGAAAACUUUGCAAGAAAAGGGAAUCAUUAAAGAUCAAAUUUUUGGCUCUCAUCUGCACACAGUGUGUGAACGAGAACAUUCCACAGUUCCAUGGUUUGUAAAGCAAUGCAUUGAAGCUGUUGAAAAAAGAGGCCUAGAAGUUGAUGGAAUUUAUCGAGUCAGUGGCAAUCUUGCAACAAUCCAGAAGUUAAGAUUUAUCGUCAACCAAGAAGAGAAGCUGAAUUUGGAUGACAGCCAGUGGGAGGACAUCCACGUCGUCACCGGAGCACUGAAGAUGUUUUUCCGGGAGCUGUCUGAGCCGCUCUUCCCUUACAGUUUCUUUGAGCGGUUUGUGGAGGCGAUCAAAAAACAAGACAGCGAUGCAAAAAUUGAAACUAUGAAGUCUCUGGUAAAAAGUCUCCCUCCACCAAAUCAUGACACCAUGAAAAUCCUCUUCGGACAUCUAACCAAGAUAGUGGCCAAAGCUGCCCAGAAUCUCAUGUCCACACAAAGCUUGGGGAUUGUAUUUGGACCCACCCUUCUGCGAGCAGAAAAUGAGUCAGGGAACGUGGCUGUACACAUGGUAUACCAAAACCAGGUAGCCGAGUUCAUGCUGACUGAGUAUGACAAGAUCUUCAGCUCCGAGGAAGACUGACAGACGAGGCGAGCUACUGCGUGUGUUCACAUCUGUCUUGAUGCCUAAUAUUUUUACAUUUCUGUAAACAUAUUUCUGAAAUAUUUCUUCCUUCCAAGCGACAGAUGCUUCAUUUUGUGAAAACUUAGUGAUGAUUUUGUAUUUAAGUUCCAAACAUUCGAAUAAAAUAAAUGACAAUAUUUUCCUA